GCUCUUCCUCCAUCCUGCAUCCAAGAGCUUCACUAAUCCUACAGCUCAGGUAAACAGGUGUCCAACUUUUGAUCGCUAAAUCAAGAUGGCUGCACAAUUUCCUGACAUCUCAUCGAAAUACAAAGACUUUGUCUCCAAAAGUACUCUGGUUCAUCCAGGACCUCCUGGUGUCUACAAAGUGGAAGUAAAACAAGAAAAAAUCGGGAACUUGACAAAGAUCAUUGUUGGGGAGAAAACACUUGAGAAGACCAACAAAACCAUCUUACUUGUUGGUGAAACAGGAGCAGGAAAAUCUACUCUGGUCAAUGUCCUGUUUAAUUACACAAUGGGAGUGAAAUUUGAAGAUGGAGUUUGGUUUGAAGUUGUCGAAGAGAAAGAAAGAAGUCCGACAGAAAGUCAGACGCCAGAUGUGAUAGUUUACGAGAUGUUUGAGGGUCAGUCUGUGCCCUACUCUCUGACCGUCAUUGAUACCCCUGGAUAUGGAAGCACUGGAGGGAUUGAUGUCCUCACCAGUCAGAGAUUGUUGGACCUGUUUCAAUCUGAAGAUGGAGUUCAUGAGAUUCAUGCAGUGGGUCUGGUGAUCAAAGCAUCUGAGAAUCGACUUAGUGACCGACUUAGAUACAUUUUUGAUAACAUGUUGUCUCUGUUUGGGAAAAACCUGGAGAAAAACAUUGUAGCUCUCAUCACCAACUCAGGUGGGAAACGACCAAAAGAUGCUCUAAAAGCUCUUGAAGCUGCCCAAAUUAAAUGUGCCAGAAAUGAAAAGAAUGAGCCCAUUCAUUUCCUAUUCAAUAACUGUCAGAGUGACGACCGAACAGAUGAGGAUGAAAAUGAGAUACUAAAACGUUCAUUUGAUAAGGCAAAUAUAGAAAUGAGCCAGUUAGAAAAGUUCUUAACAGGAGUUGAAGCGCAAAAGUUGAGCACAACUUUGGAAGUUUUGAAUGUUCGUAUUAGCUUGGCCGCCUGCAUUUACAACCUGCAAGAAAGAAUUCACCUGAGUGAGCAAAAACAACAAGAGAUUAGACAGAUGGAGAAAGGUCUGGAUAAAUAUAAUGCGAAAUUGAAGAGUAGUACAGAAUUUACCAUAGAAUAUGAAGAAGUAUAUAAGGAGAAACAAAAAGUAGGUGUGGGAUCCUGGGGGAUGAAGCUUUUCUAUGAUUCUGCCACCUGCUGUCGUGUCUGUCAGGAGAACUGUCACUAUCCAUGCACUGUGGCCUGGUAUGCUGACAAAUGUAAGAUUAUAAAGAACGGACACUGUACAGUUUGUACUAAGAAGUGUCCAGCAUCCGAUCAUGUCAAAGAAGAUUGGCAAUAUGUUACCAAGACAAGGAAAGUUCGGAGGACCCUGAAAGAAAUGAAGAAGAAAUAUGAGGUAAAGAAAGAAGGGAUUAGUGAUAUGUUGGCAGCUCUGAAACAAGAGAAUGAUAGGCUUGAAGAAGAGAAGAAUGAGUUUCUGGAGGAAGCCUACAAGCAUGUUAUGAAGCUGGAUGAAAUUGCACUGUCUGUUAAUUCAUUGUCUACUUUUGUUCACUUGGAUUUCCUGAUUGAAAAGAUGAAGGAGAAAAGAGAAGAUCGUAAGGCUUACCAACUGGAGAAGAUAAAAAACAGUCAGGAUAAAGGUGUGGCUUCAGUGUUGAAGGUCUUCUAUAAAAAAAAAAACGAAACUAAACUAAGGGAUCUAGAAGUAUAGUCUUCAGAGCUGAUGACGCUCUGUGGUGUGUAUCAUGGUUUUUGUUCUGUUCAAAUUUUAUCUCUGAGUUUUCAUUGGUCUUAUUUCCUUUUUGGUGUUCUAGUUAUUUUUGAUUGUAUUUGAGUUCUCAGAUAUUUCUUGUUUGCCUUCUCCUUUUCCAUAGCUCCCUUCUUGCCUCCU